GCUGCCGCCCGUGCUGCUGGCGCUGCUGCUGGCGCGGCCCGCGGCGGCCCUGGUGGAGGGGCUCUACUGCGGCACGCGGGACUGCUACGAGGUGCUGGGCGUGAGCCGCGCGGCGGGCAAGGCGGAGAUCGCGCGGGCCUACCGCCAGCUGGCGCGGCGCUACCACCCCGACCGCUACCGGCCCGAGCCCGGCGACGAGGGCCCCGGCCGGACGCCGCAGAGCGCCGAGGAGGCCUUCCUGCUGGUGGCGACCGCCUACGAGACCCUCAAGUCCUCCUGCAUAUGCCCAAGAGGAUUGGGAUGGAGUGGACACCAGCAGAAGCACCAUUUUUUCCUGUAGAGAUUAGAAACAAGGAGCUUAUUGCCCUGCUUGUCAAGGCUCAGGACAGAGAGGAGGAAGAAACAAGUAUAAAGGUUUUGGUUUUGGAAAGAAGUUGGAAUCUCCUGACCCUGGGACCUUAAGAUCCACAAAAUUGCUGAAAGAAAAAGUACUACCUUAUUGAAAGGAUGAAGAAACACGCAAAGACUAUGACUACAUGCUGGAUCACCCGGAAGAGUACUACAGCCAUUACUACCACUACUACAGCAGGCGCUUAGCCCCUAAAGUGGAUGUUCGAGUUGUGAUUUUGGUCAGCGUGUGUGCUAUUUCAGUAUUUCAGUUUUUCAGCUGGUGGAAUAGCUACGACAAGGCAAUCAGCUACCUAGCCACAGUGCCCAAGUACCGCAUCCAAGCCAUGGAAAUUGCCAAGCAGCAGGGCUUGCUCAGAAAAGCCAAAGAGAGGGGCAGAAACAAAAAGUCCAAAGAGGAACUCCGUGAUGAGGAGGAGAACAUCAUAAAGAACAUUAUAAAAAGUAAAAUAGAUAUAAAGGGAGGCUAUCAGAAACCCCAGAUACGAGAUCUUCUCCUGUUUCAGAUUGUCUUAGCUCCUUUUCACCUGUGUUCGUAUAUAGUCUGGUAUUGCUGGUGGAUCUAUAAUUUUAACAUCAAAGGCAAAGAAUAUGGGGAAGAAGAAAGACUAUAUAUCAUACGUAAAUCUAUGAAGAUGUCACAGUCUCAGUUUGAUAGUCUAGAAGAUCAUCAGAAAGAAACUUUUCUUAAACGGGAGCUCUGGAUAAAGGAGAAUUAUGAGGUUUACAAACAAGAACAAGAAGAAGAACUAAAGAAAAAAUUGGCAAAUGAUCCUAGAUGGAAGAGAUACAGGAGAUGGAUGAAGAAUGAAGGGCCUGGGCGGUUAACAUUUGUGGAUGACUGAAGAUUGCUGGAAUGCUACUAUGCCAAACCUUAAUUGUGACAUUUUCAUAACUGAAUUAUUUUAGAAAUGUAUCAACUGCCCUCAGCAGUAACUAAAAUUCCUCAAAUAUUUGAUUAAACAGAAUAAUGUAGAAAUUUAAACUUUCCCUUAAAACUUUAUAUAUAAGACAUUUAUGAUUGUUCAAUUUUUAUAAUCAAUUUGUGGAUUUUGUUAAAAGAUUUGACAUGAAGAUUUAUUAGUUGCCAUUUAAGAAUUUUAUGUUUAGUUAAAAGAUUUGACAUGAAAAUUUAUUAGAUACCAUUUAAAAUUUUUAUGUGUUAAGUGUUUAUUCUUCAAAAGUGUUUCCUUAUUCUUUGUUGUAUUGCUACAUUUUUCUGCUUUCAUGGCCACUAAUAUUUUCACCAAACAUAAAAAAUUAUAACAGCAUUUAAUUAUAUUAUUGUGUCUUUCUAGACACAGACUUCUUCAGCAAAAUUAUUUCAACUAUCAUGUCAUCUUCAUGACACUCAUUCGAAGAUUGAAAUAUGUUCAAAAUAUCUCUCUAGGAGAGUCUUCUGCUAGAAUAUCUUUAUACUGUUUCCCCCCAGUCAUAAUGUUCUUAUAAGAUCUGAAACUCUCCAGGAGAGUGAAUCUACCUUCAUGUCCUUGUGGGAUGAUCUUGAUUACAGUCAUUAUAGGACUAUAACUGUAUUCUCAAAUGUUUUUCCAGAAGAGACCUUGUAAAAAGGUCUUUUGUACCACAGUAUUGCUUCCCCCCACUCUUCAAUUAAAAAAACUAAUGGAGCAGAAAUAGUAUAACGAAAAGUUGUUCAUAUACCUGUAUUAUGAAGUGCUUGAGUGGUGAAAAAUCCAUUGUACAUGAGUGCAUUUACAUGCAUUUAAACCAGAAAGAAGAGGUGCAUGGCUGUGUGCUGUUCUAUCAAACAAUGAAAUAUAAAUGUUUAUACGUGUGGAAGUGAAAGUGAUUCACAUAUAAUUUGACUGAAGCAAGUAUGAUACUGCCCUAAAGUAUUGAUACACGUUCACGGUAGUGAAUCAAUAUUCCUGUUAAGGGAUUUAUCUGAUUGCUUCAUAUUAAUAAAAUGGUUGCAAUAUAUCACAA